AUGGACCAAUUCAUGCUUCAAGAUGAGGGCGUCAUUGAUCGCAUCCGCCAGGCGGAGGAGUUUUUGGAUCCCAGUGGGCUACCCCUCAUCCGCACCCAACGGCGCAAAUCAGCCACGAACAUCAUUUUGAUGUUGCAGAAGAAUCAACGACGUUUGACUGUAAACCUGGACCACGUUCGCGAUCAUAACGAAAACCUCGCCAAGGGCAUCCUGGAGCAACCGUUCGACUACACUGUGGCCUUCAACCAUGCACUGAAGCAGAUUAUCGUCGCACUUCAACCAUCUCAGGCCCGCCCUGAGCAACAGGCCGCUGAUACCGUAUACUACUGCGCUUGGGCUGGUAGCUUUGGCUUAAACGCUUGUAACCCCCGCACACUCUCUUCUCAUCAUCUGAACCGCAUGGUCUCACUUGAAGGCAUUGUUACACGAUGCUCCCUGAUCCGUCCCAAAGUUAUACGCAGUGUUCACUGGAACGAGAAGCAGCAAAAAUUCCACUUCCGCGAGUACCAGGACCAGACCAUGACGAAUGGUGUCACGACAUCGAGCGUCUACCCGCGCGAAGACGACGAUGGAAACCCUCUGCUCACCGAAUAUGGCUUCUGCACCUAUCGUGAUCACCAAACCAUUUCUAUACAAGAAAUGCCCGAGCGUGCGCCCGCUGGUCAGCUGCCUCGUGGUGUAGACGUCAUCUUGGACGACGACCUCGUGGACAAGGUGAAGCCGGGUGACAGAGUUCAGCUUGUUGGUAUUUUCAGAACCCUUGGUAACCGCAACGCCAACCACAGCAGCGCUUUGUUCAAGGCCGUCAUUCUUGCCAACAACAUUGUUUUGCUCUCUUCCAAGUCUGGCGGCGGCGUUGCGCAGGCCACGAUUACCGAUACCGAUAUCCGAAACAUCAACAAAGUCGCCAAAAAGAAGAACUUGCUCGAGCUUCUGUCACAAUCUCUGGCUCCCAGUAUUUAUGGCCACGACCACAUCAAGAAGGCGAUUCUUCUCAUGCUUCUCGGUGGUAUGGAGAAGAAUCUCGAGAAUGGUACGCAUUUGAGAGGUGACAUCAAUAUCCUCAUGGUCGGUGACCCGUCUACAGCCAAGUCGCAGCUGUUGCGAUUCGUGCUGAACACAGCCCCUCUUGCGAUUGCCACUACUGGUCGUGGUUCAUCCGGUGUCGGUUUGACUGCCGCUGUGACAUCAGACAAGGAGACUGGCGAACGUCGUCUAGAAGCCGGUGCAAUGGUUAUGGCUGACCGAGGUGUCGUUUGUAUUGAUGAAUUUGACAAGAUGUCCGACAAUGAUCGUGUUGCUAUACACGAAGUCAUGGAACAGCAAACUGUCACGAUUGCGAAAGCCGGCAUUCACACCUCUCUGAAUGCCCGAUGCUCGGUUAUCGCUGCUGCCAACCCCAUCUACGGCCAGUAUGAUCCCCACAAGGAUCCUCACAAGAACAUUGCCUUGCCCGACUCUCUUCUCUCUCGUUUUGACUUGUUGUUCGUUGUGACGGACGACAUUGAGGACACUCGUGACCGUCAGAUUUCGGAGCACGUUCUUCGCAUGCAUAGGUAUCGUCAGCCCGGAACGGAAGAAGGAGCUCCUGUUCGAGAACAGGCUUCUCAAUUCCUUGGCGUAUCUGCUGAUACACAAGCGGGAACCCAGCGCCCAACGGAAGUCUAUGAGAAGUUUGACGCCAUGCUACACGCCGGCGUUACACAUACCUCCGGCCGAGGCUCCAACAAGAAGCCAGAGAUUCUUAGCAUUCCGUUUAUGAAGAAGUACAUUCAGUACUCCAAGACUCGCAUGAAGCCUGUCCUGACCCAGGAAGCAUCCGAUCGCAUCGCUGAGAUCUAUGUUGGUCUGCGCAACGAUGAGAUGGAAGGCAACCAACGUCGUACGUCACCUUUGACGGUGCGUACGCUGGAGACGCUUAUUCGUCUUGCCACUGCUCACGCUAAAUCCCGUCUGUCGAAUCGGGUAGAGGAGCGUGACGCUGCCGCCGCCGAGGCCAUCUUGCGCUUUGCUCUUUUCAAAGAAGUCGUUGAAGAGUCGCGAAAGAAGCGCAGAAGGACUGCUACUGUUGAUUUUGCUUCUUCGAGCGAAGAUGAAGAUGGCGAUGAUGAAGACGGGGAUGGGGACGCGGGCGACGGUGCUUUCCGCGGCGCUCGGUCGACACAAGCUACUUCGCGCACAACGCGUUCGCGCGGUACAGCCUCUGGGGUAAAUGGUGCCAACGGUAACGACGGCGAGCCCGACGAAGAAGCCGAGGAGGGUGAAGAGGAAGAGGAAGGGGAAGAAGCAGGUACCUCGGCUACACCACGACGCUCGGGAAGAACCGCGCGCUCGAACGACACCACGUCUCAGUCUCAGACUUCAUUUGGUUCCUCGAUGCCUGCUUCACAAUUACCCAGCCAAUCGCAGGAAGACCAGGAUCUGGCUAGUGGUGCUGCCUCUCUUGCUAUUGAUGUUGUCCCGAUUACUGCUCCUCGCUUGGCCGCGUUCAGAACAGCUCUUGGUCAGCUUCUCAGCACUCCUCUGUUCGAGGAUGAUUCAGCUGGUCUGGAUGCUGUUAUUGGCGCUGUCAACCAAAAGGUUGGAACCCGCACUGGCGGUGCUUUCGGCCGUGAAGAAGCCAUCAAGGCACUCAAGAAGCUCGAGGAAGCCAACCAUAUUAUGUGA